GCAUGCUGGGAUACGUGAUGGCGGCGCACUGUAGGGUCAGGCGGAGUCUCUGGAGCUUGUUUCGGCCGCGGCUCUGCUCCUCUCUGCGCCCGGGCUCUCAUCACUUCGCCUCGGACUCUGCUCCGGGGAAGUCUCGGUCCGGGUUCGCGGCGGCGCUGGAGCUCCAGGAGGAGCUGCGGGAGGAGGCCGCAAACCAAGGCGCGCAGCAGCGCUCUGUUGGCGGACACACGGACAGCUUCGCCUCGCUGCUGCGGAGGUCGCCCCUGGUUCAGAUGGGACCUGCUAAAGACAAGGUGGUUUUGGGGAGAGUGGUCCACGUGUUGAACCAGGACUUGUACGUGGACUUUGGGGGGAAGUUUCACGCCGUGGUCCGGACUCCGGACGGGUCAGUUCUGCCCAGAGGAACCCGAGUCCGGCUUCAACUGCAGGAUUUGGAACUGACCGCUCGUUUCCUGGGACACAGCACCGACACCACCCUGCUGGAGGCACAGGCCGUGCUCCUGGGGGCAGAAGGAGGGACUAAAGCGGGACUGAAGCGGGACUAAAAGAGGACUGUGUAUAAAUGUACAGAUAAUAAAUGUGUUAAAUAAAGUGACUUGGCUCUGGUGA